AUGCGCUUGUGGCCUUGCCUACAUGGGCUAGAGCUGGACGGGAGAAGGAUGCAGCGGCCACCUCCGCGCCCGCGUGCGGUGCCUGCGCCUCUGGUUUGCUGCUGGGCCUUUCCUGGGCUUUUGCUACUAGUUCUGCGGUUAGUUGCUGCUGCUGCUGCUGCUGCUGCUAUUUGCGCACACGAACAGGUGACACGACCAGCAUGGAAAAGGCAAAGACGCCGGGCCGGGGAUCUUUGCAAUCCCGUCCCGACGAGGCCGUGUUCCUAUUCGUGUCUUAUUAAUGGUUGUGGCCAGCGGCAAAUGGGAUUCGGCGCGGACCGACCAACCAUAGGCGACAAUUGCGACGAGUUUCCAGCGCCACCGAUAGAAGCGGUGGCCGAACGAACCAACAAGCUAAUCUGCCAUUCACUCCGAUCAAGAGUCUGGACUCUGGACUAUGGUGUCUUCUCUUCCUGGGCCAUCCCGAAUAUUGCAGCAAUGGCAGAAGCAGCCCCCCAAGAAUCCAUUGGCAAUGGCUCCAAACCAUUUGCCGGCCUGCAUGCGUUUCGAGAAGAACACCAUUGCACCCCCCCCUGCCGCCCAUCGUCUUGUCACAAGCGGGACAAGACCGACAAACCAUUUCUCACAUCGCUGACCUGGUUCCCCUCCACUACGUUGCACCCGCCCUCCCACCUUUCAUCUCAUUUGUCCAAUUUCGAGUAG